AUGGUGAACAUUCCUCAAAGCCACCGGACUUUCUGUAGGAAGGGUGGCAAGCAUCAACCCCACAAAGCAACACAGUACAAGAAGGGCAAGGCUUCUCUGCAUGAGCAGGGACAGCGGGGAAAAGACAGGAAGCAGAGUGGCUCUGGUGGGCAGACUAAGCCGAUUUUCCGCAAAAAGGCUAAAACUACAAAGAAGAUUGUGCUGAGGCUUGAGGGCAAUGAGCCCAUCUGCAGAUCUAAGAGAAUGCUGGCUAGUAAGAGAUGCAGCAUGUUGAACCGGGAGGAGAUAAGAGGAGACAGGGCCAAGUGA